AUGUCGUCGGAAGAACUUCAAAGAGUUUUCCACGUCGACCGCCACGAUUUGGUGCCGGAAUACGAAGUCGUGACCGUUCACGCGGCAACCCCAUACACGUCUUACAAAGAAGACAACAUAGGACCGCCAAAUUUGAGCAUCAUUCAAAAACGUGACAAUUUCACAACGAAUAGUGAUUCUAAUAAAAACAUAAGUGACAUAUGGUCCGGGUUGAGUGACACGUCAAGAAAUACAAACACCGAUCAGCAACCCCCUUACGACCCACUUGAAAAAUUCAGGAGGAGACCGGACAAUUUGGACGAAAUAGAAGAAACCGACGGCGACGAUGAUGAUAAUAAUAAUAAUAAACACGAUAAAGUCAUGAAAUUAUCGGCUUUCGGUAAAGAUUUGGAAUUGAAAUUGAAAAAAAUAUCCGGAUUGUUUGGAAAAGGGAUAAGAAUGUGGGAAACUCUUAGCAACGCGUCAAACGUUCACGGAAUCGAAUACAGAGAAUUGCCCCAGGAAAAAGAAGAAAUCGGUGAAUUGUAUCAGGAUGAAAAAAAUCAAGCGGCUUUACUCGUUCAUACCGAUCAAGAUGGCGGACUCCUCGUCGAAGGUACGAUCGGACACGAUUUAGUCGUGAAACCCGUACCCUCAUCCGUUCGUCAAUUUGUUUCCCCCAACGAUGACGAAAUGUUUUUGGAUGCGGAAAACGAAGAUUUUGAAAAUGACGUGGGAGUAGACGGUGGGAAAAAAAUUAAAGAUUCGGAAAAGAGGAGACGGAAACGAAGGAGGAGGAGACGCGGAGUAAACGAUGAAAAAUAUCAUCAACACAUCGUUUACAAAAGAUCGAAAACAACCGAAGAGGACGAAUACAGCGAUUAUGCUUUCAUGGAGCCGGAUAGUUUGGCAACGAAAUCGAGAAAGAAACGUGGCAUACGUGGUAAAAGAGAAGCACCCUACGUUAUUUUUCCAGAAAUUCUAGUCAUUGUGGAUUACGAUGGAUAUCGGUUGCACGGAGGUGACAACGUUCAAAUAAAACGAUAUUUCGUAUCAUUUUGGAACGGAGUCGAUCUUAGGUAUAAACUUCUCAAAGGUCCAAAAAUAAGGAUAAGCAUUGCUGGAAUCAUCAUUUCCAGAGGACGCGACGCGACACCAUAUUUAGAAAGAAACAGAGUCGGAAGAGACGCCAUUGAUUCGGCAGCCGCACUCACAGACAUGGGAAAAUAUUUAUUCAGGGAGCGAAGACUGCCCGUUUACGACAUUGCAGUCGCCAUAACAAAAUUAGAUAUGUGUAGAAGACAAUUCGCAAAUGACGCGUGCAACCGAGGCACAGCAGGUUUCGCCUACGUCGGUGGUGCUUGCGUCGUCAACAAAAGGUUAGAAAAAGUCAACAGCGUCGCCAUCAUAGAAGACACGGGGGGAUUUUCGGGUAUAAUCGUAGCCGCACACGAAGUCGGUCACUUGUUGGGCGCCGUACACGACGGUUCCCCACCACCAAGUUACCUCGGAGGUCCCGGAGCUGAAAAAUGCCGGUGGGAAGAUGGUUUCAUAAUGAGCGAUCUUCGUCACACGGAAAAAGGAUUCAAGUGGUCCAGUUGCAGCGUUGCCAGUUUUCAUCAUUUCCUAAACGGUGACACGGCAACUUGCCUAUUUAAUUCUCCUCACGAAGACGAAAGCCUUCCGAGAGUUCUUCCUGGAAAACUUUUAUCUUUGGACGCGCAAUGUCGAAAAGACAGAGGAACGAGUGCUUGUUUCAAAGACGACAGAGUUUGUUCUCAACUCUUUUGCUUCGAUUCCGGUUCGGGUUACUGCGUGGCAUACAGACCAGCAGCGGAAGGUUCUCCGUGCGGCGACGGACAAUAUUGCAUAAACGGAAGAUGCGUGGCCGAACACGAAAACAUAAUACCUGACUAUAGUCAAAACCCUCAGUAUUACAGAAGAGACGAUAGUGAAAAUUUUGCAACUCAACCAAGGCCGAUAGUAGCCUACCCAAACUCAUCAACUCAGAGGAUUUUUCCAAACAACUACAGCACACAAAAAAAACCACCAAUCAGCUCACCACCAAAUCCAUAUUAUACCUCUACCUAUCGACCCCCUUCUCCACCCAAACCCAAACCCAAUCCUUACUACACUCCGACGUAUUCUUCCACGCCACCCAAAUCCAAACCCAAUCCUUACUACACUCCGACGUAUUCUUCUACGCCACCCAAAUCCAAACCUAAUAGUAAUCCCUAUUACAGUUCGACAUAUUCUUCGACACCCAAAAACAAACCCAAUUCUUAUUACACUCCGACGACAUAUUCGAAACCGAAACCCAAUCCCUACAGUAGCACCCCGAAAACAACCGCGAACGCGAGAGAUAUAUUUAACGAUUUUUUCCGUACAUCUUCCCCUUAUUAUUCACCGCCACAGUAUCAAAAAAACACUACACCCAAAUACAACAACUACAACAACAACAACAACUACAACAAUAACAACAAUUAUUACUACGCAAACAAACAAACGACAAAAAAUCCAUUCGACGCACCUUUUUUCAAUAGGAAAACAACAACCAAAUCCCCGUACGAUUUUAGCGAUUUCGAUUCGCGAAAACGUGUUAAAAAUACUUAUGUCAGUAAUAAUAAUAAUAACAACAACAACAACUACUACAACAAUUACAACAACUACAAUAAUAAUAAUAAUAAUAAUAAUAAUAAUAAUUACAAUAAUUACAAUAAUUACAAUUCGAAUAAUUUCGGACAAUUCGGUUCAGUUUAUUACGGGAAAUAA